GGAGGUGGUUUGAUUUAAAUUUGUGUGAUUUGUUGGUGAUCAACGGCGGCGGAGCAUUAUUGAAAUGUGCAAUAGAGAAACACGGUGUAAUUUCCCCCCCGUGAAUGGGAGGUGAAUGCUACGUGUGAGAGGGUUGAUGCAUGAUGAGGGGGUGCAGUGGAUGUAAUGAUGAGGAUAGAAUAUGGUUCCUAAGAAUUUUAGAGAGACGUGGUGAUCAUUUAUCUGAUUUUGAUUUAUAGUCUAGAGAGAGAGAGGGGGAGGAACUGAGUUUCCGAGAGGGGGAUCGAUGAGGACGGUGGCGAUGCAGGCCAACGACGGCGGAAACAACCCGGUUGAAGUUCUGGCGAACGGUGACUCUGAGAAGUCGUCCACGACGUCGAGAUUUGCCUCUCUUCUGGUCUCCAAAGAUCGUGAUUAUCUUCUCUCUGCGACCGGAACUCAGGUGAAAGUAUCUAGCCUAGAAGAAAAGGUUUUAGGCCUUUAUUUCUCUGCCAAUUGGUACUCUCCAUGUAGAACUUUCACUCAGGUUUUAGUAGGGGUUUAUGAGCAGCUGAAAAGCAACAGUUCUGGAUUUGAGAUUGUUUUUGUGUCAUCGGAUGAAGAUUUGAAUGCCUUCAAUAAUUACCGUGAGUCCAUGCCAUGGCUGUCAGUUCCUUUUUCUGAUUUGGAGACAAAGAAGGCCUUGAACCAAAGAUUUGAGGUCGAAGGCAUUCCUUGCCUGGUUAUAUUGCAACCUGGGGAUAAUAAAGAUGAAGAACCUGCAUUGUGUGAUGGUGUGGAACUCAUUUACCGGUAUGGUGUGGAAGCCUUUCCUUUUACAAAAGAGAAGUUGGAGGAAUUGCAGAGGGAGGAGAUGUUGAAGCAUGAGAACCAGACCUUAACCAAUUUACUCACAAUUCAUGAUAGAGAGUAUCUUUUGGGUCAUCCUACAACUAAUAAGGUUCCUGUUGAUCCCUUGGUUGGCAAAACUGUUGGACUGUACUUCUCGGGGCAAUGGUGUCUUCCUGGCUUGGAUUUCACCCCCAAGCUGAUUUCAAUCUACCACAAAAUCAAGAAUUUGCUGGAAGAAAAAGGAGGUGAGGAUUUUGAAAUAGUAUUUGUCUCUAAUGAUCGCGACCAGGAUUCAUUCGAGUCCUACUUUGGUUCGAUGCCAUGGCUAUCACUUCCUUUUGGGGACACUGCUAUUAAAAGUCUAUAUAGGUACUUUGAUGUGCAGUGGAUUCCUUGUUUGAUAAUCAUAGGGCCUAAUGGUAGAACUGUUACUAAAAAUGGGAGGAAUCUUAUUAAUCUGCACAAGGAAAAUGCAUACCCUUUCACUGAGGCUAAGCUGCAGCUGCUAGAGAAAGAGAUGGACGAGGCAGCAAAGAAUUUACCAAGGUCGGAGUAUCAUGCGGGGCAUAGGCAUGAACUUACAUUGGUGUCGGAAGGGACUGGGGGAGGGCCAUUCAUAUGCUGUGACUGUGACGAGCAGGGUUCCGGUUGGGCUUACCAGUGUCUUGAAUGUGGGUACGAGGUGCACCCCAAGUGCGUGAGAGCUGUGGGUCAGCGCGCUUCAGUUUAGAGCCUGACUCGAUGCUAUCUUGGAUGUGUUGAUUUUGCUGAUGUUAAGCGUACGUGCCUGGGAUUAUUUUCAGAAUGUGUUUGUUAAUUUAACACGGGAAUUUGGCCACCUUACCACUUUUAAAUCAAUUAUCUGUGUCUUUAAUUCGGGUUUUGAUUCUGUGACAUUACUGUAGUCGGGCCAUGACAUUGAAAUCAGCUAAACAGAGCUUCUAUGGAUUAAUGGGCAAAAACAAAUGUGUGUUCUAAUGUCCCUUUGUGAGAUGGUGAUGCUGCCAUUCAUCUUUUUCUUAUUGCAUGUCUUUCGUGAAAACUUGGUGAGUAAAGGAUUCUGGAAGGUGGAAGGGGAUGGAAAUGGUCCCUGUCAUCAUCAGCUGAGAUCACCUCUCAGCACGCUGUCGUUUGAACUCGUGUUCAGAUAAUAAUGAUCUGAUUGUUUU